ACCGGUUCGACUGAGCCAAGUCUCAGUCGAUUCGCAGCACGGAUCGAGAAAGGAUCUGGUUGAAUAAUACAAAUCGUGAAGUCAGAUAUUUGUUAGUUUAGCAGACUUUCUGUAAAAUUAAAAAUGACGCGAAUUUACGUGAUCUUGACAAUUUUUGCGAUUUCAAUGACCUGCCUUGUGACGGCCCUUCCGGCAUCUGGUCGUGUUCACGGACCACAGAGUAACGGACUUUUUAAUAAUCAAAAUGCCAAUGGAUUUCGAGUACCGCCAAACGUCCUGACCGAUAACGAUUUUCGACCUGUCGAUGGAUUCGUAUUCGACGGCCCUGCCGAUCGACCAAUCAAUCGGCCUUUGUUCCAGAACACUCAAAAUCCACCAGCCAGACCCAGAAUGACCACCGUGCCAACUACUUCCAGCAGCACGACUUCCGCUUCUCAGGGAUCCAACACUGGCGGUGCCUGUCAGGAUAAUUGUCCAACGACUCCAGAAUACAAUCCUAUUUGCGGAACCGACGGUGUCGUUUACAGCAAUCCUGGAAAAUUAAGUUGUGCUAGACGCUGUGGAAAAUCCGUGGAACUCAGUCACUAUGGACCAUGUCCCUCUACUACGACAGCCUCGGGUUAGAUUUGAAUUAUAUGAAAUAUAUUCGUCAAAAAAGACUGGUUAAUUGUAACGGGCGCUAUGUAUUAAUUAAGUGCAAUGUCAAUUGUCAAUACAAUAUUUUUUUUAUUAGCAAUAAGCCAUAAUUCACAUGUGAUACUCUUGUGUCUAUAACGGAGGGAAAAUAAAAUGAAAAGUAUAAUAA